GAGAACACUGCGAGAACUGUCUGGGAGAACUGCGGGGCAACACCGGAGGAAUUGCCCGGGUGAAUACCGGGGAAACACCGCGGGAACACCGGAGAAAUUGUCCGGUUGUCUUUGUUAGUGUGCGCGGAUUGUUUCAGCGACAUGAUGGAAGCUGUUCACCUGAACAACGAGACGUGCAGAAACGGCUCGGGGGUUACGUUGUGGUGCGGCUCUCAGUCUGCGGUGUGUGUACUGUCCUACACACACCUGAGCAACAACACAACAGAUGUGCAGACAGGUGUGGUCUACAACCUGUGGCUCGGCCUGACUCUGGCUCUGCUCUCUGCCUUCCUGAUUGGCAGCAGCGUCAUCCUGAAGAAGAAAGCUCUCCUCCGAUUGGCCAGCGGCGGACACACCAGAGCAGGUGACGGCGGCCAUGGCUACCUGAAGGACUGGCUGUGGUGGGGCGGCCUGCUGACCAUGGGAGCUGGGGAGGUGUGUAACUUUGCUGCCUACAUGUUUGCUCCGGCGACCCUGGUAACUCCGCUGGGCGCUCUGAGCGUCCUCAUCAGUGCCGUCCUGUCCUCCUACCUGCUGGGGGAGGCGCUCAACGUUUUGGGGAAGCUCGGCUGUCUGCUGUGCGUGCUGGGAAGCGUCCUGCUGGUCAUCCACGCUCCGCAGGAACAGGAAGUGACAUCACUGCAGGACAUGACCGACAAGUUGCUGGAGCCCGGGUUCCUGGUCUUUGUGUCGGCCGUGUUGCUGCUGUGUUUGCUGCUGGUGUUUUACGUCUCUCCGCGGUUCGGCCGCUCUAACAUCUUGGUCUACAUCAGCAUCUGCUCGCUGCUCGGAGCCUUCACCAUCUCCUCCGUCAAGGGCCUCGCCAUCGUCAUCAACACCGUGUUUUCUGAUGUUUCAGUGCUGGGUCGUCCUCUCACCUGGAUCCUGCUCCUCACUCUCAUCGUCUCCAUAGUAACACAGGUGAACUACCUGAACAAGUCUCUGGACACCUUCAACACUCUGCUGGUCUUCCCCGUGUACUACGUCCUCUUCACCUCCGUGGUGCUGCUCACCUCCGUCGUCCUCUUCCAGGAGUGGAACAAGAUGUCCGUCCCCGAUGUGGUAGCUGCGCUUGCCGCCUUCCUGGUCAUCGUGGUGGGCGUGGCCAUGCUGCAACUCUUCAGAGACCUACAGGUGACGAUGAAGCAGCUGACCAAUCAGCUGGCUCCGCGGGUGGAGCAGGAGGGGCUUCCCGAGGUUCCAGCCAAUGGACGAGCGGCAGGAAGAAAAGAGGAUAAAUACACACUGAUGGACAACAUGGUGAUAGACAGUCUGCCUCCGAUGAGAGAGGAAGGGCCCAGAGUAUUCAUCAUCAGCUGAGAGAGGAAGAGUCUUCAUCAACAGCUGAGAGAGAGAGGAAGAGUCUUCAUCAUCAGCUGAGAGAGGAAGAGUCUUCAUCAACAGCUGAGAGAGAGAGGGAGAGUCUUCAUCAUCAGCUGAGAGAGGAAGAGUCUUCAUCAACAGCUGAGAGAGGAAGAUUCUUCAUCAUCAGCUGAGAGAGGAAGAGUCUUCAUCAACAGCUGAGAGAGGAAGAGUCUUCAUCAUCAGCUUUUUCUGAGUUUUUUUUUUUGCCUUUUUUCAAAGUUUUUCUCGUCUUUUAGUAUCAUCAGCUGAGAGAGGAAGGACACAGGUUUCUAGUUACCCAGAAAUUUGAACCUUUCAAUGUUUUUGUCGCUUAUUUCUGGCAUUUUCUUUGCCUUUUAUUCUGAGGGUUUAUUUCAACCAAAC